CAACAUCUUCCUGGGCGAGACUUUCUCCAGCUACAUCAGUGUGCACAAUGACAGCAGUCAGCUUUGUAAGGAGAUUACACUUAAGACUGGUGUGUGCCGUCAGCUAUAUGCUCACGUCAGGGGAGCGAAUGCAGUUUCGAAAGUUCUUCAAAUUUCAGGUCCUGAAACCACUUGACGUAAAGACCAAGUUUUACAAUGCUGAGAAACGGAAAGACGACCGGGGCUCACCGUUCCAGUCUGACGAGGUGUACUUGGAGGCCCAGAUCCAGAACAUCACACCCGGUCCCAUCUACAUGGAGCAUGUGAGCCUUGACCCCUCACAGCAGUACACGGCCGUCGAGCUCAACGCCAAGGAGGGCAAGGAAGGCGAGCGCACGAUGGACCUGACUCUGGUUCUGCAGAACGUGGGCCAGCAGUCGGCGGGCCUGCUCUGGUGUGGAGUGUCGGGUCGUCAGUUGGGCAAACUGCCACACAACGAGAGCCUGGACAUUCCUCUGUCACUCAUCGCCAUCAUUCCUGGCCUGCAGACCAUUUCUGGGCUUCGGCUGACAGACAACUUCCUCAAGAGGACCUACGAGCAUGAUGAAAUAGCACAAGUUUUUGUCGUAGCUUCUGACCCUUGAACAUCGCUUGACAUCCUGAACUUUGAUUUGAUUGAAUGUUGAGUCUUUCGGGUUUUAGAACUGUUCUGGUGUUUUUGUUCAUGAGUUAUUGUCUUUAUGAAAUCAUUUGACCCAUUCCUACCUUCUUGAGAACUCUUUAACCUAAGUAGGUAAAAUAUUUGCAAUCUUUUUUCUUUCUCGGUUUGGCCCUUACAAGAAGGUCCAACUUGUUUUUUCUUUCUCUGUUGUUGCUGUCUGUCACCUAUCCUCUCUGUCAUCACUUAAUGACCUGUACCGUGCUGAUGUACUCCUCUUUGCCAACCAAAUAAAGAUGGUUACUGGUA